UGACGGGUUCAGACUCGGCGUCCGAAAGCAGCAAUGGGUCUGAAACCACCGUCAACCAAACCGGCGUGAGGGGCGACGAAACGGAUUCCUCGUUGAAGGCCCGGCUCAGUGAUGCCGAGCAGCUGCCACAACCGAAGGUGCCGCCAGUCUCGACCGCCGAGAAAGACGCCGUGUCUGCCGGUAAAGCCGGAGUCGCAGGUGCCGGCAGAGGUGCCAAUAAACCAGGCGGUGGCAAGGCCAUUGUCACACCCCGAAAACUUCAUACGGGGUCGCCAACGCAGCGUUCACUGGACGACAGCACGGCGAGUACAACCGUGGAUCGUACCGUCAGACGUACGCAGCAGAACACCGAUGAUCUCUGGCAGCGACAACGAGACCACCGUAGCGGCCGUAAAGGGCGUGGGAAACCAGGCUACGACGACGAGGAAGAUAUGGUGGCGACACCCCUUGGCGGCGGAGGUCGUGGCGGGGCGGGACGCGCGAGACCGACGACGCGUCCUAAAGCGGUGGCCGCACCGGCGAUGCGCGGCUCUGCACCGCCUCCUGCUUCGCCACCACUCGCAGGGCAGACCGGCGGGGCUCGGCCGGGAGCCAAAGAACCGGUCAGGCCGCGACUUGUACUCUCCAAGAAGGGCCUCGUCAGGGCAGCGCCAUCCAAGCCUCCACUGAACCCUGGCGCUGGCUCUGAGCCGCCAUCUGCGCAACCGAUAGCCAGCGGAGCCGAAGUCCGCGCGGGACAGCCGCCAGGUUCAGGGAUGACUGGCGUCCGCAGGCGAUAUUCCGUCGCUGCAUCUCGGGAACCGCCAGAACAGCGCCGGAAAUCUCUGGUCCCUGCCACUUUGGCCGCUGAGGGAAAAGGUGCCGGAAAAUUAUUGUCGGUAACCUUUCCAUGGUCACUCGACGAUGUUCGAAGGCAAUCCUCGGACACCAGCCAUGAUGAGGCUGACCGCGAUGAAGACUCGUCCUCGAACACGCCACCUAGUGAAGAUACCGCUACACCUCCAGCUGUUGCGUUGGGGAAGCGCCCGCCGGAAGUUGGUAAGCCACCCACCGAAGUUAAGCGCCCAUCGGUAACUGCCGAGCCGCCCGCCGCUGCUGCGGCAUCUGCCCCCAUGCCGGCUGCAACGUCCAAGCCACCGGAAGUGACGGCUGCUGUGACGUCGUCGGGUGAACCGAAAAAGGCCGCUGCGACAGAAGAGGCGCCAGUGGCACCACCGUCAUCACCAGCAUUCUCAGCGGCACCGACAGCAUUGGCAACACCAGCAACAUUAGCAACACCCGCUCCAUUAGCAGCACAGGCGCCAUCAACGCCAUCGGUACCGCUGGUGCCACCGGUUCUACAAGUACAGUCGCCGCCAAGCGCCAGCGCUGCUAAGCCCGCUGUAGCUCAGAAGCUUGACGCCAAAAAGACUGAAGCUGCCAUCGCCCCUGUACCGAAGAGCACCUGGUGGACGGCGUUGGCGCAGCCUUUCUCUGUGUCGGGAGCCACCAGCGGCGCUGUCGGCCCAAACGAAGAGGUUCCUGUGCCGGCCCAUGUGCGGCGCUACUCCAUGGCUAUGACCGACAAUCAGCGCGCACAGGCUCGUACUAACGUGAAACUGCAAGCGCGCACCGCACGUCACAGAUGACCUG